UGAAAUACUAAAACCUAAGCGACUAAUAAAUCAGUCCUCUCUCUCUCUUCAGUCUUCACUUCACUUCAGUCUCAGCGUAAUCAGUUAGCCAAUUCAUCAAUUGUUCCCAAACUCGAUCUGAACCUUCAUUGAAAGCACUCGAUCUGAACCUUCAGUUAGCCGGUGCUGCCGAAGCAGUCCAAGCACCGGCUCGGGAUCGAGAAGCGAAGAACGAGAGAUUAGAGAAUAAAUUGAGCAAGACACUCGAGCACCUUAUAGAGCAUGGCCACUGAUGGGAAUGCUAUUAUCCCAUUGUCUAAUAAAUUAUACCACUGAUGGGUCCAACUUAAAUCUUACUGGGCCCGGGCCAGUCCCCUUUUUGACGGUUUGAAAAGAGAUGGGGUUUGAAAAGAGAAGAUCACCAACAUCUACUUGAAUAACUGCUGAGUUGCGCUGCUCUCUUCUACUCAAAAACUUAACUCUCUGCACAAUCCCCACUACCCAUUGCUAAUUGAUUUGAGGUGGCAGAAAUGGCAACGACAUCAGCUGAUUUGAAAGAGGAAGUGAAGAAGAAGAAGAAGGAUGGAUUGGGAUGGAUAGAGUGGUUGAGAGGUUGGUUCUAUGUGGUGUACGAGAUGCUGUUCCAGAGAAUCACUGCCAGCCAUUUGCUAAACCCAAUGCCUUUGCCUCCUGUCAACGAUCUCACAUGCAUUGUCACUGGAUCCACUAGCGGUAUCGGCCGCGAAAUCGCCAGGCAGUUGGCGGAGUCUGGUGCACAUGUUGUAAUGGCAGUGAGAAACACCAAAGCAGCUAAGGAGCUGAUCCAGAAGUGGCAGAAUGAAUGGUCAGGAAUGGGCCUUCCUCUCAAUGUUGAGGUAAUGGAACUUGAUCUACUCUCCUUGGAUUCUGUUGUGAGAUUUUCUGAAGCGUGGAAUGCACGAUUGGGACCUCUGCAUGUUCUUAUCAACAAUGCUGGGAUAUUUUCUAUUGGAGAGCCACAAAAAUUUUCACAAGAUGGGUAUGAAGAGCACUUGCAAGUGAAUCAUCUGGCUCCAGCACUGCUAUCAGUAUUGCUACUGCCAUCCCUUAUUAGAGGCUCUCCAAGUCGAAUUGUUAAUGUCAAUUCCGUUAUGCAUUAUGUUGGGUUCGUUGACACAGAUGACAUGAACGUUGUUUCUGGGAAAAGAAAAUAUACAAGCUUAGUGGGUUAUUCGAGCAGCAAGCUCGCACAGAUUAUGUUUAGUAGUGUCUUGCAUAAGCGGCUGCCUGCUGAAGCUGGUAUUUGUGUAACAUGUGUUUCUCCUGGUGUUGUCCAGACAAAUGUAGCGAGGGAUCUUCCCAGAAUCAUUCAAGCUGGUUAUCGUUUGAUACCCUAUUUUAUCUUUAGCCCUCAAGAAGGUUCGAGGAGUGCUCUCUUUGCAGCCACUGAUCCUCAGGUUCCAGAGUACUGUCAAUUGUUGAAAUCAGAUGACUUUCCUGUUUGCGCUUUCAUUUCUCAAGAUUGCAAUCCAACCAAUCCUUCUGAAGAAGCUCAUAAUGUUGAGACUUCACACAAAGUGUGGGAAAAGACAUUUGAGAUGAUUGGCCUUCCUUCUGAUGCUGUGGAGAAGCUUAUAGAAGGGGAAGAAGUUGCAUGCAGAUAUGGGGCUCAUAAUGAGUAACCUUAUUCCAUGAUAGCAAAGGUCUGUGCCCAAUAUAUUGAAGAUUGUUUUUAUACUCGAAUGGAGAGAAAUGCCAUUCAGUUUUGCAAUGGAAGGAAUGGGUGAGUACCACAAGCAUUCUGAAUUUCUGAUUCUGGUAGGCACUUGAGAUGGUUAUUAGUUGUACACUACUAUUCUUAUUAAGUUUGUGUUUUUACGGGAUCUGAUCUAGUUACAUUGAUUCACUCACCCGUGUUGUAAAAACUAAUGUUUACAACAACCGUCUUGUUAAUUUAGAGAAGUCUAGAACACAAGGAAUAGUAAUGUUGAUUGACUUCGACAAUCGACUUGCCCCUAUUAUGUGGAACUGAUAUUAAAGUGCAUCCAUGAUGAUUAACCUUAUACAAUGACA